AUGCUCCCUCUCUUUUUUUUACACCACCCCCCUCCCCCCCACCGUCUCAUACCCUGCACAUCACCAGUGGCGAGCGAAGAGGGGCCGGAUUCAGUGGCUCAAGCAGAGACAGCCCUCUUAGACCACCUCGCCUCCAAUCUCCGAGUGGUGGUGGCCACCAUGGGGCAGCCCCACGGGGCGUCGCUGCGGCCCGACAGCUGGCGGUUCAUCCACGGCGGGAUAGCUCUCUGGCUGGACGUGAAAGACGACGCAAACAGCCCCCCGGACCCCCAUUUCGCGGACAGAGCUGACGUGGCGAUCAGGCUGCACCUGCCAGCUGGCUGGAGCACGGACGACGCAGUCAGCGCUGACGUGGCACGGGCGGCGGCGGAGGGUGCGCUGACAGCUGUCAAGGCGGCAUUGGACGCGGAUCCGCAACUACCGGGGAAGAAGAGCCUGUACGUGAGAAUGGGGUGCAGGGGCGACUGGCCGGACCUCAUGCCUCCAAGUUGGGACCCAAACGCCCAACCAGGCGAAGCAGAAGCCGUGGGUGAGGGAAGUGUGGAGCAGGCACCCGCUACAAGCGAUUAG